AUGUAUUCUCCAAAAACUCGCCCCAAAAGUUCUUCCUCCACAUUUCCUCCUCCCUAUAUUUCUAGAGCAGGUGUUGAUCAACAUGCGAUAGAGAUUCACAGCAAGCGUCCUCCUGUACUAGCGAAACAGAAGCUCUUCACAACUAUACUAAUGUGGGGCUUGGUCCCACAGUUCUGGGCGCAUCUAUACAAGAAUCUCCACAGCACUACUCUGGACAACCUCCUAAACAUCUCAGCUCCAGGUGCAUUAUGGAUGAUUCAGAUCUGGCUGCAAGUGUACUUUCUAGAACUGAGGUUUCCAGACAUAGUUAUGCUUGAAGAUCGAGUCAUACUUAUCCCACUGGAAUCUUACAGGAGUUGUAAUAAGGGAACUUCUUUGAAAGAUGCAGAUGAUUUGGAUGUGCACAAGGAUUGCAGGUGCACAGUGAACAAGAUCAACAACAUCGUGGAUGCUCUUUAUCCUUCCUGGGAGCCUAAUUCCUACAGUUCUGGGGAAUUUGACCCUUGGUGGAAGGCUAGAUUUGCUAGUUUUUCUGACUCAAGCAUUGCCACGAAGGGUCUUUUUGCCAAUUCGGAUGCUGGGAUUGUCUAG